AUGAAAAAAGAAUUUAUUGUGGUGUCGGGUAAAAUUGAAACUGCUACGAUGGAAGUGUCUACAACUCAAAAAUUUAUAGGCCGUGGUUCCCAUAAGGGAAAAGGCCUGGCCGUGUUGACAAGUGGUGGGGACUCUCAGGGAAUGAAUGCCGCUGUUCGGUCUGUAGUCCGAAUGGGUAUAUACUUGGGCUGCAAAGUGUACUUUAUUCGGGAAGGAUAUCAAGGCAUGGUGGAUGGUGGUGAUAACAUUGAAGAGGCGAAUUGGUCCUCUGUCAGUUCUAUUAUCCACAGAGGUGGAACUGUUAUUGGAUCUGCUCGUUGUAUGGAUUUUAUGAAAAGGGAAGGUAGAGUUAAAGCUGCCUACAACCUAGUUACCCGUGGCAUUACCAACUUAGUUGUAAUUGGUGGUGAUGGGUCUUUAACUGGAGCCAAUUUAUUCAGAGAAGAAUGGGCCGGCCUGCUUGAUGAGUUGCUUGAAAACAAUAAAAUUACAAAAGAUCAAAGGGAGAAAUACAAGUUUUUGCAUAUUGCUGGCAUGGUGGGCUCUAUUGACAAUGACUUCUGUGGCACUGACAUGACCAUAGGCACAGACUCUGCAUUACACCGCAUUAUCGGAGCAAUUGAUGCAAUUGUAAGCACUGCAUAUUCACAUCAAAGGACAUUUAUUAUGGAAGUUAUGGGAAGACAGUGUGGUUAUCUGGCAUUAGUGGCCGCUCUGGCAGGUGAAGCAGACCAAGUAUUUAUUCCUGAGGACCCUGUUCCCAAUAAUUGGGUUGAAAAGCUUUGCAAAAGAUUGCAGCAGGAGAGGAAGUCGGGGCAGCGCUUGAAUAUAAUCAUAGUGGCAGAGGGCGCAAUCGACCGUGAAGGCAAGCCUAUCACGGCCGAGCUGGUCAGGAAAGUUGUAGUCGACAAUCUACAACAGGACACUCGUAUCACCGUACUGGGUCACGUUCAAAGAGGAGGUUCUCCUUCUGCUUUUGAUAGAAUAUUGGGUUGCCGCAUGGGUGCCGAGGCAGUAAUGGCUUUAAUGGAAGCCUCCCCUGAUACGGAACCUUGUGUUGUAUCCUUAGACGGUAACCAGGCUGUACGUUUACCUCUCAUGGAAUGUGUGCGACGCACUAAGGCCGUCGCUCAGGCUAUGGCUGACAAGAACUGGGAUUUGGCUGUACAAUUGCGCGGGCGUAGUUUUGCCCGUAACCUAGAAACAUACAAAAUGUUGACACGCUUGAAGCCUCCGAAGGAAGCUUUCGAUGCAAGUGGCAAACCCUCUGAGGGUUUGACUUUGGCAGUGAUGCACGUGGGUGCGCCUGCGUGCGGCAUGAACGCGGCCGUGCGGUCAUUCGUGCGCAACUGUAUCUACCGCGGGGACACCGUGCUCGGAAUACAUGACGGAAUCGAAGGCUUUAUCAGCGGGAAUAUCGUCAAGAUGGACUGGUCUGAUGUGACUGGCUGGGUGGCUCAGGGAGGAGCAUUCUUAGGCACUAAGCGUACACUGUGCGGCGACAAGAAAGGUGAAAUAGCUGCUCGCAUCAAGCAGUUCAAUAUCCAAGGUCUGCUUAUCAUUGGCGGGUUUGAGGCUUACCAAGCUGGUCUUGAAAUCUACGAAGGCCGCGCUCAGUUCCCAGAAUUUUGUAUCCCCUUGGUAACGAUUCCUUCAACCAUCAGUAACAAUGUGCCCGGCACAGACUUCUCGCUGGGAUCCGACACAGCGCUCAAUGAAAUCACCGAAAUAUGCGACCGUAUACGUCAGUCUGCACAGGGAACUAAACGUCGCGUGUUUGUUAUUGAGACAAUGGGCGGUUACUGCGGCUAUUUGGCUACUUUGGCAGGCUUAGCCGGUGGUGCUGAUGCAGCUUACAUUUAUGAAGAAAAGUUCUCGAUCAAGGACUUACAGCAGGAUGUGUACCACAUGGCAUCCAAAAUGACUGGGGGCAUCCAACGCGGUCUCAUUUUACGCAAUGAAAAAGCCAACGACAACUACAAUACUGACUUUAUUUAUCGCCUUUAUGCUGAAGAAGGGAAGGGCCUUUUUACCGCUAGGAUGAAUGUGCUGGGUCACAUGCAACAAGGUGGUUCUCCAACUCCAUUUGAUCGCAACAUGGGCACCAAGAUGGCUGCUAAAUGCCUGAAAUGGCUGGUCGAAACCAUUAAAAAAGGACCUGCUAACACUCCUGACUCUGCCUGCCUACUGGGUGUUGUUAAGAGACAGUAUAAAUUCACUCCUCUUGAAGAUUUGAAGGCACAGACUAACUUAGCUCAAAGAAUUCCCAAGCAACAGUGGUGGAUGAAGCUUCGUCCUCUACUCCGCAUCUUAGCGAAGCACGAGUCUACAUACGAAGAAGAGGGCAUGUACAUGACAGUUGAACAAGGAGAGCUUGAUCCUGAACAUGUUAUAUAA